AGGCCAUCUCCUCAGCGCCCACCAUAAACCAGAUGCCAAUAAUCAAUUUGUCUGAGCCCUACCCCACACACUAUAGCAGUGCCUUUACGGUGCCUCACUUCGCAACUCACACACACCCGGCCGCCCCGACCCCAUUCAACUACUUUCACGCGGGAAUCUAUCAGCCGGCCGGCCCUCUCCUGCAGCCAUUUCAAGACCCCUGUCUUAUUCAUAAACCGAUUCCAUUUCAUCCGCCGAACUCUCAAAUCAAUCACAUCCACAGUAGCCCUCAGUUCUCAAACCCAAAUCUCGGGACACAAAACACUCAGACAUUCCCAUCAGAAUUAACUCAAGCGUUCCAUCCGAAUGGACAGUACUUCCAUCAGUUGGCCACACCUCUCAGACCCCCGCAGACCUUAUUUUUCCAGGCAAUGCCUCAUAAUAGCGCUUCAAUGGCGCCAAAUGCCACAACUUUCACUCUUUUUAAUCCAGGCGUCCACUACACGCACCCGACGUUUGUCAGUAGUGAACAUCUGACCACAAAUGAAACCCCGACACACAUUGUCACCAAUGAUAUGAAUUAUUUGAAUCGAAAUUCACAUCCCAUAGUGAAUACAAAUACCACUAACUCUUCAGUGGAACAGAUAUCCAAUGAUAACACCUCUCGACAGCAAAUAUCUAAAAGUAUUCAGUGUUCGCCUCAAAGUAGAGACAGCUUUCAAACAUUGCCUGAGAAUCCAUUCUGCGAUUCAACGGAUAGUUUGGUCCGAAUGUCUCAUAUGGUGGACAAGGCGUCUGUGACCGCACCACACGAACCACAAAACUCUUGCAAUAAAAGGACCAAUAAAUCAGACCAUAGAAGUGAAAAGAGAAAGAAAUCUCUGCUUUUAAAGCACACAUCAAAUAGAGAUAAUGAUGAAGUGAUCGUUCGCGACAACAACACACAGACUCUGACCACUGAAUGUGAACCACUUGUGGAACAAAGUUCUUCAGCCAAGAGUGUUAAGUCUAUAACCCCUUCGAAUCAAAACAAACUAAACUCAAUAAAUAAAGUGAAUUCUCAACCAAAGACUAUGAAAGCAGUCUGCGUUCAGAGUAACACAUCAUUGCCUUCGGCAUCCAUGCCAUCAGUGCCGUCAAUGCCAUCAACGCCUUCGCCAUUGAAUCGACUCUUGCCUUUGAAAAGACCGAAUCGGAAGCGAAACUCUCACGGCUGGUCGUGGGAGGGAAAGGCCGUCGAUAAAUAUGUUUAUUUAAACAACGAAGAACAGUCUUAUUUACGAAAGUGUUUUCCGGCGAUCCGUCACAAUGAGGGCGACGUAAUCCGUGUGCGAGACUGUGUUCUCCUGCGAAGUGGGCCCCGAAAGACAGACCUUCCGUUUGUGGCUAAGAUCGCCGCCCUCUGGGAAACACCUGAAGGUGAAAUGAUGAUGAGUUUGUUGUGGUACUACCGUCCAGAACACACUGAUCUCGAAUACUACUCCAAUCAGAUGCUGACCGAGAUAUUUGCAUCGAAGCACAGGGAUGUCAAUAGUGUGGCGUGUAUUGAUGACAAGUGCUAUGUUCUCACUUAUAACGAGUUUUGUCGAUAUAAACGCUUGAAAUUACUGAAACAGUCCGCUCUGUCCACAUGUCUCACUUCGAAUACCGUUCCUCCGUUGGAUGAGUCCUAUCCCCGAAUGGAUCGCAUGCCUCCGACUCGUGUUUUCCCAGAACUAGUAUUUUGUUGUCGAAAAGUGUAUGAUUACAGACAAAAACGGAUUCUUAAAAAUCCCAUUUGA